AUGGUGUCAUCUGACAAGGGGAUCCAAUUCCUAGAUACUUGGACGUUCAUCGAGGAUUCUAGACUCAAAACCGAUUUGUUCAUUAAACCGACUGACAGGAACAAUUUAUUAAGGAGGGCACCAAACAUCAAAGAUAAGUUGGUAAAAACUGAUGUCAGCAAUUUUAGAAAGGAUCUAGCAUCCGAGUUAAAAUCCGGAUGUUUCCCAUGUAUGGAAUGUGAUAAUUGCACCAUGAUGCUUACUGUGUUAGAAAUCCUCUCAGGGAAAGGGGGCAAGUCCCUCUCUGUGGUGGUGGGAGGUUUUAAUGCUCAAGAAAACUUUCUUCUAACAAUGGCAAACCAGACUAAUGUGAAAGAAUUUAUUAUCCUCGGAUUCUCCAAUAUCCAACAAUUUCAAACAUUUUUGUAUGUGUUUUUCUUGCUUAUUUACAUCACUGCUCUCGCUGUAAAUAUAUCUCUUAUCAUCAUAAUUCGGUUUGGUCAACAGCUCCAUAAACCCAUGUAUUUCUUACUUGGAAAUUUAUCCUUUUUGGAAUUAGGUUACAUUUCAGUAACAGUUCCUAAAAUUAUAGUGGACAUCCCAAGAGAAAGAAAAAGCAUUUCUUUUUCUGGUUGCAUGACUCAGCUUUUCUUCUUUACUUUCCUUGGUGCCACAGAGACCAUUCUACUUGCAGUAAUGUCCUUUGAUCGAUUUUUGGCAGUGUGUUACCCAUUGCGCUACUCAAGCAUCAUGAGUCAUAGGGUCUGCUUCAUCCUAGCAGCUUCAUCCUGGGUCCUAGGCUUCCUGACCACUUCAUUUCCUAUUAUCAAAAUAUCACAGUUACAUUUUUGCAGUGCCAAUGUUAUUAACCAUUUCUUCUGUGAAUCGGCUCCUUUACUAAAACUGUCUUGCUCUGACCCUUACUUCAAAGAACUGACCGUUAUAAUUUGUGCAUCAUCAGUCAUCCUAAGCUCUGUUCUGCUUACUUUGAUGUCCUAUGGAUAUAUACUUCAAACUAUUCUGAGAAUCCCAUCUGUUACAGGAAAGCAGAAAGCAGCUUCUACCUGCGCUUCACACCUUAUAGUGGUUACCACUUUCUAUUCAACAAUGUUUGCAAUGUACAUUAAGCCCACUGCUAGUCAAGGAUCACUAAAUAAGGUGAUGGCAUUGUUCUAUGCUGUCUUUACCCCACUUGUCAACCCAUUCAUUUACAGCUUACGUAACAAGGAAGUAAAAGAAGCACUUGUACUGUUUUUAAAAAAAAGAGGAUUAUGA